AUGCACGGUAUCGAUGGAGACGAGCUUGUGGAAGAUCUCGACACCCGACUUCAACAUCGUUAUGGAAUACCGAGUCGUAUGAUCGAGUAUACUCUCUCGGAACUGUUCAAGAAACUUGGCCAUUACUCAUGCUUUGACUCGGGGCAAAAGCAAAAGCGCCUUAUCCAGGAGCUGUGGACUCAGCUGGUCAAGGAUGUCAAGAACGUUUAUCAUAGCAGCAAAGGUCUCCGAAGUUCGCGGCAGAUGUUCAUCACACUUUCGUAUCUAGCAGCGGAUCAUGCGUCUAUUUUGCUGGCUGAAGCGCUCGCUCAAUUCUGGGUGCAUUUCGAAUCUCUGAUAUCGCAAGAGUCGCCAACAUAUCUUGGGGACUGGGCGAGGGCUUUAGCGAAGGUACAAGAGGCACUGGAAGGACCUACGACGAGGAAUCUCGAGCCCUUCGCCAUUAUGCCAUACACUGGCUAUCACCGUGGUCGCACUCCCCGAGCCUUGCCCUGGCCAGGUCACAGGGCACGGUCAUUGCCUGUCAUGCGACGUCGCCACAGCCCGGAUAUGAGCCUCGCCAUCCCAACGUACCCGAGCUCUGGUUGGGCUUCGCCGAUGAUAUCACCGGUCGGAUAUCCGAGAGGCGAUUACUUCGACGAGCUUCAGAACCUCCAGUGGCAACAGAGCGAGAUGGACAUGAAAUUGGACAGUGUUGACGGGAAACUGGAUGUUCUGCUUGGUGGGUACG